CGAUUAGUUGACACGAAUAUUAUGUAUUAACGUUAAACACGAAGAAGAGUAGAUGAGGAGAUUGAAGUUUCAAGUAUGAUGGCAUAGCUUCGUUGUUAGUUACCCUGACCUGAAGCAAUUAGUGAUGUCAGGGUCUCUGGUUCGCGACUUCAGAGUCUCGGAUUUCACAGAACCAAUCAGCAAGUGGCAGCGGGUAAUUUAGUCGAAAUUAGAGGGGUAUUUUGGUCAAUUUAGGAGUCCGGGGUGUGUGAACCCGUUUUUGGAGGCCUAACCUAACCCUAGCCGCUCACUUUUUUCACUUGUUCUGCCUCUCCUUUUUCAUCCUCUACAAUCGACGAUCCAACAAAAGAAAGAACGAAACUAACCUUUCUCCUUCCAUUCUUCUUCUCACUCGAUCCCCUCUUCUUUCUUCGCAAUCCAUCUCCUCAUGACUCCCAUUCCUCGACCUGUCUUUCCUCUGUUCUUCCCUAGGAACAACGAGGAGAAGGACCGAAGGGACGGGCGACAGCAGCUAAAGGAAGACGGCGAUCGACACCGAUGACGACACCAACGAGGGUGACGGAGAGGGUGGAGAGAGAGCAUGACUGGACAGAAAGAGGGUCACCGCCGACGUCAGACAUGGCAGGGUUUUUGCUCUUCGCUGUCUGUUUGUUCAGAGACGGGAAGGUGGGGAUGAAGAAAGAAGGGAGUGGUUUUUGCAGAAUUUUCGUUGUCUUGUCUUUUGAUCAGAAAAGAAGAAGGAAGAAGGUGUCAGGUAAAGGAAGAGAGUCAGGGGAGUUUUUCUUGUUGUUUGUGUGUUCCUCUUUUUUGUUUGGAAUUUUGAGGAAGGAGCCGAUCAGCAUAAGGAAGUGACAGAGAAGGAAAGGUUCAGGGAAUAUUUUUUUUUUGUUCUGCCCCCCUUUUUGCCAGAGCUAAAGAACUCUUUUUAUAGCCAAAAAUCAUGAGUUGGCACAAUGUAAUUGGAUUUGAGAGGUUAUAGGGGCCGCCCUCUAUGUUUGUGUAGCUUAUGGAUUGGGUUGGACCGGGUUGGGUAUGGGAAGUGGGCUAAACCUGUUUGGGUUGGGCUGACAUGGGCUUGAUUGGUGAAUUGAGUUUUUUGGGCUUUUGUGUGGACUGACUCGUUGACUGGCAUUUACCAGAGUUGACUGGGCUUUGACUUGGGCAGGCUUGGAUCAUUUUAUUUUUGUAGUUGUAAUUAGUUGUUAUGUAAUAUAAUUGUAUUAGUAGUUUUUAUUUAGUAAUGUGAUUGUAUUUAACGUAAUUGUAACUUAUUUUAGUGAGAUGUUAUUUCUAUUCCUAAUUCUUCUUUUCUUUUAUCUAUUGAAACCAAAGUCCAAUCUCAUAAGACCCAAUGUUUAACAGCCAAUUACACAAUCAAUUUUGUGACCAAAACUAAGUGAAUGUUAAUUCAUCUAAUCAAAGCAUGUCAUCCUUAUCAAAUUGUACCAAUUAAGAUUAGCUAUUGCU